AUGUCUCCCAUUGCGGCUGGUGGCAGAGAGAAGGAGUCCAACCUGGCGAGGUUGUUGGGUUCCGGAUCUGCCGGUAUUGCCGAGUUGGCUAUCUUCCAUCCUGUUGACACAAUCGCGAAGAGAUUGAUGUCCAACGAGGGCAAGGUCUCGUCCGUCGCCAAGCUCAACACCGUCAUCUUCAAGGACAAGGCCAACGCCUCCGCCGGCCGCAAGUUCGUCUCCCUUUUCCCUGGGCUGGGGUAUGCUGCUGGGUACAAGGUUCUUCAGCGUGUGUACAAGUACGGUGGUCAGCCCGUGGCGAGGGAUUACCUUGGUGUGCAUUAUGGCAAGGAUUUCGAGAACGCGUUUGGCAAGAAGACUGGCAAGGCGAUUAUGCACUCGACUGCUGGUAGCUUGAUUGGUAUUGGCGAGAUUGUGCUCUUGCCGUUGGAUGUGCUCAAGAUCAAGAGGCAGACCAACCCUGAGGCGUUCAGGGGGAGGGGUGUGCUCAAGAUUGUGAAGGAUGAGGGUUUUGGGCUUUACAGAGGGUGGGGGUGGACUGCUGCGAGAAACGCCCCUGGGUCGUUUGCUCUCUUUGGUGGUUCCGCCUUUGCGAAGGAAUUUCUCUUUGGCCUCAACGACUACAACAAGGCAUCGUGGUUCCAGAACUUCAUCGCCUCCAUCGCCGGCGCUUCUGCGUCUCUUGUCGUUUCGGCCCCCCUCGAUGUCAUCAAGACCCGCAUCCAGAACCGCAACUUUGACAACCCCGAGUCUGGCUUCCGCAUCCUGACCAACAUGGCCAAGAACGAGGGCGCCGGCGCCUUCUUCAAGGGUCUCGUGCCCAAGCUGCUCAUGACCGGUCCCAAGCUGGUGUUUUCGUUCUGGCUUGCGCAGACGUUGAUCCCUGCUUUUGAUGCGGCUUUUGCGGGGAGGAAGGUCGAGGUUGAGAGGAAGUAG